AAAAACUCGACCUGGCCAAUAAAAAAACGAACGGCUGGCAGGGAAAAGAGAUGAAUGUGUCCGUCAUAUUCUAGCCAUUCCCUUCGAGAAAACAAGGCGUGUGAAGUGUGAUGCUGCCUUUUUUAUCUGCCUGAUAGAAUCAUGCAACCCCCGCGUCAGUCAUGUGGAUGUGGUUUACUACUGCUUCACGAAUCUGCGACACGAGAAGUUCACGGAAGGUGCGUGUCCUGUUUGGGUUUUUGUAGUUUGGUCGGGAGAUUACGAGAAUAAAACCAUUCUCCUCCGUAUUUGUUAGGUAAAACGAAGUCAUUCUAAUUUUUUGUUUAGUUUAAAGAUACAAUAGAACGAAGUCAUUUCGUUCUUUGUUUAGUUAGAAAGCCAUAUAAAUAUAGAGGACAAGAGAGCGAACAAAACGCUCGUGUCCGAUCAUAUUGAUGAAACAAAGACAUUCCUUUAUAUUAAAGCCAUGCAGCUAGACGUGCGCUGAGGGUAUCCACGUUGGUACUUUUAUUUUUAGACGUCCGAUCGCAAUCCAACAGCUGCCAAACUGUCAUCUCGAUAUCUCCACGUCAGCACCUUUUUAUAUUUAUAGGAAUUUUAUCUAUUCCAGACAUGGGGCUCCAGAGCCAUCGAGAAAGCUCACGUGGAAAGCGCAAAACUCAUCUGCCCUGCACCCCCGCCUAUCCUCUACUCCUCUCCAUUGCAGCAGCAGAGCUCGCCGCCGAUGGACGAGGGGUCAUCGAAGAGGGCGCAGGAUAUCGCGCAACAGCGGGAGGGGAUGCUAAGGAGAUGUUGCACGUCCUCACCGAAUUCGAGUACGAGCUCUCGCUCACCAACCUCGUCGAGAAGGCCGCGGGCGGGGGCGGCGGAGCCGAAGCUACGCCCCGCACCCAAGACAGAGGGAAAGGACCGGAGCGCCGCACAGCCAGCAGCAGCUAACGUCGAUAGCGAGGAGUCCCGGGCGGAGGUAGUUGGUGGGGGCAGCUUCCACAGCAUCAACGAUGGCGUCUUGCUCACCUUCUACAUGUCGCGGGCGCCCACCUGGAGCUUCAUCGUGCGCCUUGCUCGAACGCCAUCGUCCGCCUCCAUCUGCCGGAGCCCCAACGUCGCAUCUGACUGUAGGAAGAGGUGAUUAAUCAAUCAUCUCCGAGCUCCAAAACAUGUCCGAAGUUCAAACGCUACGUAGGCGUUAGCCAUGUGACUUGAUUGUUCUGUUUAAUCUAAUUUCUUAAAGGCGCGGUCAUCCUGUCUCCUCUUUUUUUUUGUUCUCUUGGAUCUUCCAUUUGUUGGCGCAAACAGAUCCUCGGUAUUUUUCGGCCAGAAUGAUCUUUUUCGUUACGGAUAGGGCUUCUGAUCUGUGCGAGAGGAUAAGAAUCCCAGUUCUUUAGUUUGAUAUUAUAAUACGUGUCUAGCUAUUAGUUUCCCCAAAUCACAUCCAUGCUUCCUUCCCCGUUUGCACUUUGCUGUGAAUGUGAUCAGGUGACUUAUCAAACCACACUAUGUCAUUGAUUCCAAUAUUUGGGCUGCCAGUGGGUUUCAAUUAGAUAUACCAAAUGUGCGUUCUCUGGAACACAGUCUCUCAUCUCUGAGAGUAAUAAAUCUAGGCUAUCGGUAAAGAUACAGAUUGUCAAUCGUGUAGGCUCUUACACACUGAAUUGUGCUUCUGUUUAUUGUCCCAAUUUUGUUAGUUCUCACGUGCUAUUUCUUUUUCAGAGCAAAUUAGUACACUGAAUUAGUACAUCCGCUCUCAUCCUUACCUUUGCGUUUCUGUUUGAUUUAUUUAUUUUAUUUCUUUCUCGGUUUGUUGCUAUUAUUCUACUAGAUUCGGAUAUGAUUAGAUGUUGGAAUGAUUAGCAUCCCCUCACAAUUUAAUUCAUGUCCGAUGCCUCAAGCCCUCAAUUUCAUGUUGCUUCGACUGCGUCCUCUUGACUGCACAAACCAGAUCUAACCCACCAGAAAGGAACGAAAAACGCACAUAAAUCUUAAAUUAUUGUUUAGUCAUAUUAGAAAUAAAUAAGUUGAAAUUCUUUAAUUUUAGAUCUCCAAUAUUGAAUUUUGGUCUAGACUCCUAAAAAUCCUAGAAAUGCACCCUUUGGAACGCAAGAUUGACAAAAUGCAUGAAUAAAUUUUUUUUUUGUAGAAAUGCAGUUGCAUGAUACUUGCAAUCUUACAUGAUUUAAAAGUGCAGGAAAGCUUCUAAUACAAUGUUUAUAUGCAACACAGUAAGAACAUAGGAAUUAGAGGGGAGGGAUAUAUACAAAGGGAAGUUUUUCAAGAGAUUGGAUCUUAUGUUAGAAAUCUUUUAAAAUCUCACUAUAAUAUGCCAUCCCAUAAGAAUUUUAUAGAAUUUGGAGGAGCUCAAUCCUUUGUUUCAAUGUACCACGUAGGAAAUUUUUUUAUUGGAUUUUAAUCCUCUAAAAUUCCUCCACUUUUGGUUGCUCAUUUAUCUAGGGGCAGAACAUUAAUAUUAUGUCUAUGAUGUUAGUUAACAUGUUACUAACUCAUAUCUUAUGAUCAAACACUGCUAUCACAUUUUCGUAUGAUCUUAUUUUCUGUCCACUACUACAAACAUGCAAAAAGUUAUAAAGACAGUUUUAAUAUCACGCGCAGAGCGCGCGUCAUUUACUAGUCUUAAGUCAUUUACUAGUCUUAAGUAUAUAAUAGAAAUAGAAACUUAGAAGCCGCUCGACUCUAUUUUAUUAUAAACCAAACAUUUAGAAAAUAAAAAUAGAGUUCUAUUUUUCUCCACUCUUCGUCACCAAACGCACCGUAAGUUAUUCUGAUUGGACACCUCUUGAUAAACACGAUAUGGGACUAUCCAACAAACGAUUACAAUAAUAGUUUUGUCGAAAAUCAAAAUAUUCAAAAAUCUGAUCAAAUUUAUGAAAAAGAGUGCCAAAUACUAUAAAAAUAUAUUUCAGUGAAUCUAAUAAAUAUAAACACAGUUAGUUUUUUUCUAAUAAGUUUGAUCAAUUUUUUUGCUCGCCGGCGACAACCCUCCCUUCAUCGAACGUCUGGUCCGAAUAUUCUUCUUCGUUCUCGCGUUUAUCUGUGCAGCCCUGCCUUUCUUCUCCCGUUCCCCGCGGCCUGCGCGCGCGUUCUCUCCCUCACCUCCGCCCCUUUCUCUCUCUCUCUCGCUCUCGCUCCGGGCGACGGCUGGGCGACCGCCGCUUUAUCCGUGCGGCCCUUCCUUUUGUUCUCCCGUCCCCCCAACCCCCCUUCGAGCUCUAUCUGUCUCUUCCUCUCGAGGCGACGCCUGGGCUACCGCGCCGCUACUGCGGCCUCCCGCGACAGGUGCCUAGUCUCCAUCAGGUGCCAUGUCUUCUUCGGGCUCUUCACCGGCGACGUGCACUGCCAGGUACGCUCCUCCCCCUUCCCCCUCCACCCCUCCUCUUCAAUUUUCUGUGCGAAACCGAGCAGCCAAACCCUAAACUACGCUAUUUGUAUUCGGAUCUGGUCUAAUUACGCGUGCUUACAUGUAUUAUGUCUACUAACCUCGAUUGUUUUUGAAUUAUCAGCUCUGCAUGUAUACACCCAAGUCCUUUACUGGGUCCGCCGCCGCCCCUAUGUACUUCGUUAGGUUUAGUAUGUUGUUAAGUUUGUAAUUCUAGGGUCUGGAGGGAAGCAUAGAUCUCAAGAGGGGUGAAAUUUGGUGGUAAUUUCCUGAGAAUUUCAAGGAGACAAGGGCGUGGAGGUUGUUUCUGGAGGGAUCUGUGAGCACAGCAGCAGAAAUUUGAGGUUGGUGGUAGCCUGUUGAUCCACGAUGGUGGGUAAGGAGCUGGUGGUGCAAAGGAAUGGCCCUGUUGACAUACGUGAGAUUGCUGCAAAGGCCACGCUUCGGGAGGUGCGGCAGAGCGGGCACACCUACGUCGAACUACGGCGUGUCGGGAAGCGUGUCAUCUUCUUCUGCACCAUCUGCCUCACCGAGUGCUUCAGCGACAAUGUGCUGUUUGACCACCUCAAGGGAAACCUGCAUUCACGGCGGUAUUCUGAGGCCAAGGUUACGCUGUUUGGGCCCAUGCCAUGGCCGUUUAAUGAUGGUGUGCUCUUCUUCAACAACUCACGCGAGAAGGAUCCGCUCCUGCUGGACUCAAGCUCACAGAGCACCAGAGAGCUUGCCCUGGUUCCAGAGCCUGAGGUUUCAGGGAAUGAUACUGAGGUGACAUCAAGGCUGAGAGAUGGUUCAACCUCCUCUAAUGGUGUGAAAGGUGCACGCUAUGGUGCAAAAGGCCGUGCUAAUGGUAGAACUGCUGCUGUAUCUGAAGAUCACAUGCUUUCAAACCAUGGAACUGAUGGUCCUGUUGUUAUUCCUGGUGUAUUGCUAAAGGAUGUUGUUUCAGAUUUGCCUGUGCAUCUUUUGGGCUAUGGGAAUAUUUCAUACAGGAUCUGUGAAGCUAGCAAGAACUGCAGGAAGAUAAGCAAGAUCUGGUGUGCUUGGGUAGGACAAGGCUCCCAUGGUUUUGAGAGUUGUAACACUUAUGAGCAAUCUGGAUUUGCCAUAGUCAACUUCUCUUAUACCUAUGAUUUAGGCAGGAAGUGGUCUUCUGAGGAACAAGACCUGUCUGUCUCUGCUGGAUCUUUCUUUGUAAUUGAUGAUGCUGGACACCGUGGAAAGCGAAUGAGAAAAUCAUUCUCUGAUCAAGAAGCAUCUUCAGAAGAGUCAAACGGUCAGAACAGCUCUUUACAGGGCAGUAGGCAAGCUAUUGUGACUUGUUCACCGGUAGGUACCUCAAAUGAUCUUCAAGUUGGUCUCUUAUCAAGCAAGGCAGCAAGGAGAGAGUUGAGGAAGCAGAAGCGAAUAGCAGCUGAGAAAGUGUGUGAUCUUUGCGGCAGACCAAUGCUCUCUGGAAAGGAUGUUGCCACCUUGCUGAACUGCAAUACAGGAAAACUAGCUUGCAGCAGUAGAAAUUCAAGUGGGGCUUACCAUCUAUUUCACACUUCCUGCCUUUUACACUGGACUAUUCUGUGCCAAUACGAGAUGCUGAACGAUGAAAUAGCUAGGAAGGGGAAGAGCAACCGAGGAAGGAAGGCAAAGAAUGCACCUAAGAGAAGCAAAAUAACGUCCAUAGUUUGCCCAGAAUGUCAGGGUACUGGAAUUCACGUCAACGGAGAUGAACUUGAGAAGCCAAGCAUUUCUUUAUCAGAGAUGUUUCGCUUCAAGAUGAAAGCAAUCGAAGCUCACAAAGCAUGGCUGAAGAGACCUGAAGUGCUUGAAAACUGUUCCACUGGGCUUCAUUUCCCCUCAGAACAUGUGGAGAACCCUGAGGAGAAGGUGAUGCCACUCAAGUCACUUCCCUUCUAUGCCGCUGAUGGGUAGAAAGAUAGUUGAUGGCAGCUACUGGAGGAUGCUGCAGUUGUUGAUGUAAAUAAGCUCGCUUGACAGUUGUGGAACAGUGUUGUUAGAUGCUCACCUACGUGCAUUAUCUCAGUUAACCUGUGUCCGCCAGAUGAUAACUAAGACAUUUAAACUGGCAACUGGCUGAACUAUUGUUUUUCGCUGGAUUCACUAAACAUGUACGCAGUCCAUUUCGUUGGGUUGGGUUUGCUGCUUACAA